UGUCAAAUUCGGUAUUUAUGAAGUAAGGAGACAAUUGAACUAAACUUUAAUUUAAAUACCAAUGAUUUUACGCCUGAAAAAUGUCUCUUGCACAAGAAGAUGAAUUAUUUUCUGACUUUAAGUCGCCACCGAUAUUUGAAGAUUUAGGAGAAAAAGUUAAAGAGUAUUUGUUAAAACCAGAACGAUUAUCAAUCCAUAAAUGGGAAAGAUCUGAGGCUCAUUGGCAUAGAAAUACAGACAUUGACUGUUUGUUUAAAAAAAAUGAAAUUGAAUUAGAACUUGAUACGACACUCGAAGUUGUUCGAGAUCCAAUUACUGGAGAAAUAAUAGACCUAGAAGAAGUCAGCAUACCAAUUGAUGAUGAUGAAGAGAACCUCUCUAUGUCUAGGGCACCAUUGCCACCUAGUCUGGCCACUAGAGGUACUACCACUCAAAAUCCAUUCCUCCCAGCUGGCUUCGAAGAAGAACUCCAAAAAAUGCUUGAUGAAGCUGCUAAACGUGGAGAGAUCACACUUAAUUUGGAAGAUGAUGAUCCCGGAAAAUUUUUAGGAGAAGAACUGCUGACAACACUACCUGGUUCAGAAGAAGGUGUUAUCUUUGCUGCGGAUGGAAUCACAUUACUGGAACCGGAAAACAAAGAUGAAAAUCAAAAAGAAAAAAGUGAAGAAAUCAACUUAGAUACCCACAUUAACUUGGAAGAAGUUGUUGACACAUCUUCACAUUUAAUAGGUCUUUGGAAAGAUGAUGACGAAACUGAAGCCCCACAGACAAAACCAAUUAAAAAAUUGGAACUAGAUGUAGAAAAGGACCCCGAGGAAGACAACUUCCUUGAAAGUACUGUCAUAAAGCCCGCUGUAGAACUUCCCACAAUACCAAUCCUUAAUAUAACUAGCUCGGCUAUUAAACUUGGGGUAACAUCUACUGAAUGGGCAGAGAUGAUUGAUGUGUCUUUACCUGUACCUGAUUUUAAAGAGAAAAUAAAAGAUAUGGCACAUUCAUAUCCAUUUGAAUUGGAUAUCUUCCAAAAACAGGCUAUAUUGAAGUUGGAAGAAGGUCAUCAUGUUUUUGUUGCCGCUCAUACCUCUGCUGGUAAAACGGUGGUGGCUGAAUAUGCUAUAGCAAUGUCUAGAAGAAAUUGUACCAGAGCAAUAUACACAUCUCCUAUUAAAGCUCUCUCAAACCAAAAAUACAAUGAUUUCAACAAAAUGUUUGGUGAGGUUGGUCUAUUGACGGGCGAUCUUCAAAUAAACGCAACAGCCUCUUGUCUCGUCAUGACCACGGAAAUUUUACGCUCCAUGUUGUACUGUGGAUCUGACGUCACGAGAGAUUUGGAAUUUGUAAUCUUUGAUGAAGUUCACUAUAUAAAUAAUGCCGAGCGCGGCUACGUAUGGGAGGAGGUGCUGAUCCUAUUGCCGGCACAUGUCAGUAUAGUGAUGUUGAGCGCGACUGUACCUAACACGCUGCAGUUCGCGGACUGGGUGGGACGCACGAAGAAGCGGAAAGUGUUCGUCGUAUCCACUCCGAAGAGACCCGUACCACUGUGUCACUAUUUAUAUACAGGAUCUGGCGGGAAAUCCAAAAACGAACGAUUCUUGGUAGUCGAUCAAGAAGGCAAUUUCCAAUUACGUGGUUACAACGAAGCUGUGGCCGCUAAGAAAGCUCGGGAAAAUGAGUACAAGAAAAGUUUCGGACCUAAAGGUGGUAAACAAUUCGGAAAUCCGAAAGCAGAGCAAACAAUGUGGGUGGCUUUUAUAGACCAUCUUCGAAAAUCAGACAAGUUACCGGUCGUGGCCUUCACUUUGUCUCGGAAUAGGUGUGACCAAAAUGCAGAAAAUUUGUUGUCUGUCGAUUUGACUACCGCGAAAGAAAAGGGUUACAUUCGAUCGUUCUUCGCGAGGUGUCUUCAGCGGUUAAAGGAACCGGAUAGAAAAUUGCCUCAAGUUAUUCGAUUACAAAGGGUAUUGGAAAACGGUAUUGGUGUACAUCACAGUGGAAUAUUGCCAUUACUUAAGGAAAUCGUUGAAAUGUUAUUCCAAUCCGGUCAUGUGAAGAUCCUGUUCGCGACGGAGACGUUCGCGAUGGGCGUGAACAUGCCGGCGCGCACCGUGGUGUUCGACGACAUCACCAAGUUCGACGGGCUGCAGUCGCGCAGUCUGGCGCCCGCCGAGUACAUACAGAUGGCGGGCCGCGCCGGACGCAGAGGUCUGGAUGACACUGGUACAGUGAUAAUUCUGUGCAAGGAAGGCGUGCCGGAUCAGGUGACACUGAAGGGCAUGAUGCUGGGCACGCCACACAAACUCUCCUCACAGUUCCGCCUCACAUACGCCAUGAUCCUCAGCUUGUUGCGCGUCGCAACUGUAUCCGUAGAGGGCAUGAUGCAGCGUUCGUUCCGUGAAUUCCACCAGAUAUGCCAAGCAGAUAAUUACCGAAAACAGUUACAAAUAGCUGAAAAGGAAUAUUCGGAGAAGUGCGGUACGGCCCUCCCCUCGCACCUGGCCCCCCUCGCGACCUUCUACGACACCGCGGCGGCGUACAUCGACGUCUUGAACGAUAUUAUGCCGAUAUUGCUGAACCAGCCUAAAAUUGUUAAGGAACUAGUACCGGGGAAAGUACUUAUACUGUCUGCGGGACCCUAUAUUAACCAGUUAGGCAUAUAUUUAAAUAGUAGCGGUCCCCGACAAAAUCCUUACAAAGUUCUGGUGCUCAACACGGUUGAAGAAGACACGAUGAGGUAUAAUUUCGACGUCGACGAGAACUGGUACCGAAUGCUUAGUUUUUCUGCGCUUUACGAUUACAUAGGCACAGAAGAAAACACUGCAGAUCAUACCAUACUAUGCAUAGCGCCAAAGAAUGUAGUCGCCGUAACUAAAAUGAAUCUCAAAAUUGACGCUAAUAUAAUCAUCCAGGACUGGGAGAAGAGGCAAAUGCAAAGGUUCCGCGACGCGCCGGUGGGCUCGUCGUGCGCGGCGGCCGUGCUGGAGCUGUCGCGCGCCGCCCACGCGCAGCGCACGCGCGCCGCCGCGCCCGCCGCGCUCAGCCUCACGCACGCGCUCGCCGUCAGCUCCGGGGAGAUCCUGCACGCGCUCGACGACAUGAACCGACUCAAGGCUGCACUAGAUGAACAAAAGAAAAACACGGAUAUAGCAAACUUUAAAAGUGAAUUUGCAACAGUGUAUGAGCGAAAACAAGCCGAGAGAAAGCGUGACAAAUACAAACGAUUGCUGUCCUUUGAAAACCUAGCUCUGUAUCCCGACUACCAGCGACGUCUCAUGGUGUUACGCGAACUGAACUACAUCGACGAUCAAGAUAAUGUGAUACUUAAGGGACGAGUCGCUUGCUGUAUGGGAACCAAUGAACUGAUUAUAUCGGAGCUGGUGUUCAGAAAUGUGUUUACAGAUAAAAAUCCAGCAGAAAUAGCGGCGUUGCUUAGUUGUUUCGUUUUCCAAGCGAAAACAAGAGUGGAUCAAGUUCUGACGGAGAAGUUGGCUGCCGGAGUUAAAGCUAUCGAAAAAAUAGACGAAGAGUUGACUGCCACUGAGGCAAAAUAUAUGGUGGGACAAUACGAGGGACAAGCGGAACGGUUAAACUUCGGACUAGUUCGCGUGGUGUACGAGUGGGCGCUUGAGAAACCAUUCGCAGAGAUUAUAGACCUGACUGAUGUGCAAGAGGGCAUUAUUGUGCGUUGUAUCCAACAAUUGCACGAGCUACUUGUCGACGUAAAAGAUGCAGCAGUAGCAAUAGGAGACCCUAAACUACAAGCUAAAAUGAUGGAAGCUUCUACUGCAAUUAAACGUGACAUCGUGUUUGCUGCUAGCUUGUAUACAACACAACGAGAGACUGUUGUUUUAUAAUUCAUAUGCAUUUAAUACAAUUAUUCGUGAUCAUGUAAUAUAAAUAAUUACACGAAAUAUUUUUAUUAAAAAUAAAAUGUAAAAAAAUAAA